AUGUGGUGUUAUUUUGUUGCCACUUUCACUUCCCCGGGCUACCCUUCGGACCCAAUAUCACCAAGAACCUCCCGGAUAACCACCGCCCUUCCAGAAAUUACCAUCUCGUCUCAGCAUUAUCAGAAACACACCGACGCCCAUAGUAGUCCGGAAAUUAGCAUAACAAGAACUCCUUCAGAUGAAAAAUCCAAUAUCGUAUUAGACGAAAAUGGAAAUCCGGUUGCGAUGGGAUCAAUCAUGGUAAAACGAAGCGGUGAGAAGAGAUAUUGUCAGAAAUGUCAGUAUGAUAAGCCGGAUAGGACACAUCACUGCCGAGUCUGCAAGAGGUUGAUGCAUUCUGAAGAUGGAUCAUCAUUGCCCAUGGUAAGCGAGUGGUCUUUCGUCAAAUCUUCUCUCCCUUUAUUUCAACCCACGUUCAAACAAUCCACUCCAUAUAACGCCUUCCUGAUUAGGCUAAACAAUUGCAUAGGAUUUCGCAAUCAAAAAGCGUUCUGUCUAUUCAUCAUCUGGGGGUCAGUGUAUUCGGUAUUUAUCACUGUAGCGACCAUACCGCCUACAAUAAGUUACAUGCAAUUGUCUUAUGAGGCAACAAUAAUAAACCUGGACCUAAACAUUUCCUUCCUUAUCCUAAUUGGCGGUGUGUUUGCGCUAAGUUUAUUGGGUUUUGCCAUAUACCACACAAGUCUGCUAUUGUCUAAUCAGACCACAUUGGAAAGUUUGAGGACCAAGCAAAAUUUUAAGAUGCGCGAAGAUGAAGAGGCGACCAGCGGGAAACUCGUGAAUCUAUUUGAUGUUGGGCUAACUUUGUUCAAGUAA